AUGGCAAUUGAUGUGGAGGAUGGUCAGUUGACUGAGUAUGCAAGGAAAGAGGUGGAUGAAAGAACAGGAGAGUCCAGGUUCUGCUAUGCUACAGCCUGUGUGAAUAAGGAAGUAAGUCUUUUUGUUGAAGGGUCAGAAUCUAUGUUAAUGAUGAAGGAAGCUAAAAAUGAAGACGAAGCUUAUGAUUUGUAUAAUGAAUAUGCUUUUAGUAAAGGUUUUGGUACUAGGGUUGGGAAAGGUCGGAAGCGUCAAAACAGUGAACUUUAUACUAUGAAACGGUUCUUGUGUAGCUGCGAAGGGGUUAAAGAUGAAAAAAGGAAGAGAACAAGGUCUUAUGCUAGAUUGGAUACGCGUACUGGGUGUACUGCUUUUGUUCAGUUUUCUAUUGGUAAGGAUGGUGUGUGGACGGUUGUGAAUCAUAAUAUGAUUCAUAAUCAUGCUAUGGUUCCUCUAAAUAAGAGGCAUUUGAUAAGAUCACAAAGGAAGGUUAGUAAGGAGGCUCUUUACUUUAUGUCUACUUUAAAAGCUAGUGGUGUUAAAGUGUCUGAUACCUUGAGGGUUUUGAGGAAAGAAGUAGGCGGAUCACCUAUGGUCGGUUUUACAGCUAGUGAUACUUAUAAUGCUUUAUCACGUGCAAAAGCCAAUAAACUUGAAGGUCAUGACUGUCAUCAGUUAAUCAAGUAUUUUGCUCAGAGAAAUUCCAGUGAAGAAGAAUCUUUUAAUUGGCUUUUUCAAACUUUCCUUACAUCAAUGGGUGGAAAUCCCCCAAUAACCAUUAUGACAGACCAAGCUCCAUCCGUUGUUGCCGGGAUAAGGAAUGUUUUUCCAGAUGCUAGACAUAGAUUAUGUACGUGGCAUAUUGGGGAGAAUUCAAAGAAGCAUAUUGGGCAAUAUAGAGCUUUAGAUGGUUUUUCUGACAUAUUCAAUUAUCUUCUGAAGUAUUGUGAAACUGCUGCUGAAUUUGAAUAUCAUUGGCCAAGAAUGUUGACUCACUAUAAAUGCGUUGAAAAUCCAUGGUUGAAGAAUUUAUAUACAAUCAGAGAGAUGUGGUGUCCUGCUUAUUCUAAGAACUAUUGGUCUGGUGGUGUGUUAUCAUCACAGCGUUGUGAAACUACCAACAAGUCAGUUUCCCAUCGACUUGAUAAGACACAAGGGUUAUGUGAUUUUUAUCAUGUUUUUUUGGAUGUUAUUUCUGAGUGGAGGAGCAAAGAGAAUGGUCAUGAAUACAGAAAUUGGAAAGGUAGACCAGAAGUUGCAGCUGCAAAUUGCGGAAUUCUUCUUCAUGCGAGAAAGAUUUACACUAUAGAAGCAUAUGUUUUGUUUGAAGAACAAUUUCUUAAAGGGAUGGCAUGUUCUCAAGAAGAAAAACGCGGAAACACAGCUACAGAGAAAAGUUAUUAUGUGUGGAGGCCUAAAAAAGACUUGAUUAAACAUGAAGUUCAGUUUAACCACGAGACUUUUUCAGUGGAUUGUACUUGUCAGUACUUUACUGAAAUGGGUUUUUUAUGUUCUCAUGCGCUUCGUGUUUAUCAUGUGCAUUGUGUCCCAGAGAUUCCCAAUCUCUAUAUAUUGAAGAGGUGGACAAAAGCGGCUAUGUGCAGUCAUUUGGUUGAAGAUGAUGCUAGGGCUGAGGUUGAUUCUGCCUUUGGUCUUUUAAAAGAAAAAGUGGAGAGUAUUAGGGGUACUAUUGAUUUUUCUGAUCCUAAAGUGGGUGAAGAUAUCUUUGUGCCCUUAGUAAAAAAACCCACAGAAUUUAAGGAAAAAAGGUUGAUGCUUCUUUUCCGAAGCCAGCUCCAAUAUUUUAGAAGAGGUGCUGAUGUUGAUAAAAAUGUAGAAUCAUCGGAUAAGGAAAACAAUUCAACAAAUGAAACCUCAAAUGAUUCAUAUGUUCAUGGAAGUACUAAAACCGAUGCAUGUACCAAAGUUAAAGCACCAUCGGCUACUAAAGCACCAUCGGCUACUAAAGGAACAUCGGCUACUAAAGCAAAAGAGGAUAAGCAGAGAUAUGAGUAUGAUAUCAGGAAUGCAUUUGACUUGGGACUUUCACCAUCACCGAUGGUUACUAAAGCUCCAUCUUGUACUGAAGCUAAAGUUCAAGGACCUAUUCAUGCUUCAGAAAUUAUUCAAGUAGUACCUAAAGUUGAAGGAUCUAUUCAGGCUGAAAAAAUUACUCAAGUUGGACCUAAGGUUCAAGGACCUAAAGUUUCAUUGGUUACUAAACCUCCGUUGGGUACUAAAGGAUCUCAUCAAUCUGCUAUUGAUCAAGCUUAUUUGAAAUUUAAGUAUGAUGCAUUUUUAGCUCUUUUUGAUGAAUCAAUGGCUGCUGAAAAAGCCAUUAAAAGUCAAGGAUUUAGUAACUAUUGA